GGCAAGCUGCAACUCAUGCAUGACCCUGGGUCCAGUCAAGCCAUCCACACUGUACAUGACUGUAGCGUUCUGACUGGGCAUUGUCUAUUUUUGAAGUAUUGUGACCAAUAAUUCACAUCCUGCACUUGGGUAGGUAUGGAAGAAGCAGACCUGGUAAAGGAACGACUCCAAGUCAUAAUGGAUAAGAGAAAAGUCCAAGAAGACAUUACUCAUAACAAGCUAGAACUAGACAAGGAGAAGUUGAAGCUUCAGCACUUAAAGAAGAGGUCCCUAAGGAACCAAUGGCUAAUGGAUGGAGUGAGCAACCAGACUGUACAGCAAAGAGAGACUUUGAGGGGAGAUAAACAACAAACUAAACUCCUCCAGACCACCAUCCGCAGGAUUGAGAAAGAGAUUGAGGCUCUGGAGAGGGAUGAAGCGAUGAUUUCAAAAAAAGAGAGUUUCAUACUGAAGAGGCUGAAAGCUAUUGAGAAAACUCCUGAGGAGGUAAUACAGGAAUCAAAGAAGAAUUUCAAAGAUGCCAUUUUUGCCUUGGAGGUCAAUGUCCAGAAGGACAUCGAUACUGGAGAGAGCAAUGUACUGUCCUCAUCCACUGUCACCCCACAGGAAAUCCAGCAACGAGGGGUCAAAGUCUAUGACGACGGCCGCAAGUCCAUCUAUGCCCUACGGUCUGAUGGUUCUCAGCUUGGAGAUGAUUCUAAUGGAGUUAAUGAGCUCAGUCCUACGGAGGUGGAGGAGCUGCUGAGAGCUGCUAGGUCUCAGAUGUCUCAAAAUGGUUCACAAAGCCACCAGGAGUCAGUGCCGGGAUUCUCUCCCAACAUUGACCCACGGGGCCACCAGCAAUUCAGCUCUAAUUUAGAGGAGCUGCUCCGAGAUGUUACAUUGAAUCACCAGGGCAACCUAAAAUCCCUGCCUGCAUUGUCCACCACCUGCAGCAGGAGGGCCCCCAGCAGACCCCAACCGGGUCAUGCUAAACUCGUUAACAGAAUCAACGGGACUGGGUUUAAGCAGGAGUCAUAUGAAAGUUAUGUCCCUGCCAGGAAGGAGCGUAUCUACAUCACUGGAGUCCACUACUCAGGACCAGAAAUUGUUUCCUCCUCCCUUCACAUUCCAGUUCACUCUUUUAUUGGCAGGCAGGAUGAAGAGUACUUCCAACUCACCAACGGGUACAAUCAGAACCCUUUCUCAUAUUCUGCAGAGUUUCACCCCAACCAUGACUCUUACCAUAGCUCUAGAGAGAAACAGCAAGGUGGGAUGUUUUAUGACUCAAUAACUGAAAAGGACAGAAGGCCGUCCGCUAUCUGCCAGGUAGACUCGCAUUUUAGUGUCCUGAAUGCAAUGGACAUGUCCGACCCUGUCACUGCUAUUUUUAUGGGCUACCAGACCACCAAGGAUGACAGUGGAUGUGGUGUUGGCUAUGAAGGAUCUAUCCGGGCCGAACUUGUCGUCAUUAGAGAUGAGGAUGGGGUGGAUGAAAGUAAUCAUGAGUUUAGCAUCUACAACACGGAAGGCUACAAUCACUUUCAACCUCGACAGAACUUACUACAAUACUUGGCAGAGCCCACAGCCAAUUGUAACACUAGCAUUGCAUCAGCAAAGAGGUUGGUCUAUCGUGGUCUACAGGCCAAAGAGGUACACUACCUCUAUUCAGACGGACAGUCUGACAAGAAUGGGACAGCAAAGUGCUUGCCAACAGGUUUUCACUCAGUGCUGUACCCUGAAACAUUCCCCCUCAUAGAAAUGUCGGAUAUUCCACAAGUCACACAAGCAACAGGAAGUAGCAUCAUCUGAGUCUCCUGAAGGCAAUUGGAAGACCAAAAGGACUGGAUUGUAGUGAGCUGGUAAGUGGGAUCAAUAGACAUAAGCUCACUUUUCUGCACGUUGAUUUUGUAUGCUGAUAUCUUGCCGAAGAUAUCAGCAUACAAAUGCAACCUUCCACUCCACAUGAAUGCAUCUUCCCGCCUCACAAUCACCAGAAUACUGAUCACCUGUGUCACUUACCUGUUUCAUUUGUUUUCUCCUAGUAUUUAGUUCUUCCACUCCUGUUAGUUUGCUGCAUCUUUACUAAACCCUCUUUCGGAUUGCUACAGUUUUGGAUUUUGUGUACUGACCUGCUCCUGCCCGAUCUACCUUUUGACUCUGAUUCCCAGUCUAGUCCCUAUCUGUACUUUUGCCUGUCUGUUGGAUUACAGUACUUUGACCUUCUGCAUGCCUGUGACCUGGAGACCUGCUUAGCCCUCUUGUAACUCAGUUUGUAUCGGUGCCUUCUGUGUAUGACCCCAGCCUGUAUGUCUGACCACGUUUCUACUGUUCCCCGUUGUCAUACCGCAACUGGAGCCACAACACCUGCCUCCGUCUGGUAUCGUUACAAAAACACUCAAAAAGAAACCUAGUGCGAUCGUUUCCCACCCCAAAUCACCUAUUAUUGGAACAAGGUGAACCCUAAACCCCUUACAGUGGUAUCCACACAUUUGUGCUUGUAUUGGGGAACUCCAGUUUGAACAGGGUGCUCUGCUAAACAUUUCGAGCCAAAAAAAAGAAGAAAAACGCUCCUUUAUAUCAAUAUAGAUUACACAGCAUUGUCUAUUCAGAUGGUAAAAUAGCCUCCAUUCUUACCAGAAAUAUAAUAAAAUAAGAUCAGACAAAAAAUAAAAGCGAAAAGCUGCCUGUAGUAGUUAUUCAGUGGCACUCACCAGAACAUCGACAUGUACAGGUAUGAGAGAAAGUGUUCCGUAUAGCCUAGCCUACAUUAUGCAAAUUCUCAGUCAUCCUUAGAGGUGGGCCUCCCUUCAUCGAUGAUGUUCGACUUGACAUUUAACAGUGCUUGUUUCGGAUCAAGAAAGUCCUCCUUAAUCCCCUUGUAGGUGAUGCGAGAUUUCGCAGGGUGAAUGAAUCCAUAGCGGACAUCUGACCGGUCUUUCAGUAGCUGUUUGACCUUGUUAAAUGCAGACCUUGCGCGUGCCACGGUGGGGGGAUAAUCUGGAAAGAUUGAGAUGGGUAGUCCUCCGUAUUUCAAAGAGCCACCCGCUUGCCUCGCCCGGCAUAGUACAUCCAUGCAGUCCUGGUGAUAGUGAAGCUUCGCAAUAAUGGCUCAAGGCUUCCCCUUAGCUUUCUCCAGGUGGGGGGUAUGGUGCGAUCUGUCUACCAUCACAUCUUUGUCCAUGUUAAACACCUCACUAAGCAGCUUUGUGACAAAAGAUGGCGAAGCUGAACCAGCCCCAUCCGGCACGUUCAGUAUUCGGAUGUUCGACCUCCUCAUUCUCCCUAUUUUGUAGAUCGGAGACCUGUGGAUACACUGAAUGUACAAGCUGUCAAACUGUUGUGAGCAUUGAAGCAAGAUGUUGAAUGUAUUUGGCAUAAGCUGAAACUGAAAGUUGCAAGUAAAAAACAGGAAAUCUUAUUUAGGCUGUUGAUGGGGUGUAAGAGUAGACUAAGCCUGUGUGUCAGACUAACAGGAAACAGAGGGGGACAGAUUAAUAACACACACACAUAGUCUGGGCAGGGGUGAAUUAAGAAUAGACAAGACAGAAACCACAAAGGGCAAGAUGCACGUACACAUAUAAGAUAAAGAACAUAACAGGACCAAUGGCACACAUGCUUGGCUACCUCCACUCCCCCGCUUUUUAGGCAUAUUGGUAGUAUAAAUAAUACUUGUGUUACUGCUGAUGUUUAGACAUUGUGGGGCGCCACUCUGUCUCCAGAAGCUUCUGUAAUAAACGGAUGAUACAGAAUUGGUAAUUGACCUGACUCCUGGUGUGUUAUUCUCCUUUCCAUCAAACGAACUCGGGGAAGUGUUAGACUUCGACACUAUAUACAUGUCACUAGAUUUGUCGCUAGUUGCUUUUGACACAAAAGUUGCCAGGAGGAAGAUUUGUGUGUUACAAUAGUCCAACCACUUGCAUUUCAACAUGGGGGGAAUUUUCGGGAAUUUUAUUUUAUAUUCUGGCAGGGUUUAACACCAUAAACAUUGUGGAUACAUUGAGUAUAUAAGCUGUCAAACUGUUGUGAGCAUUGAAGCAAAAUGUUGAAUGUCUGUAGCAUAAGCUGAAACUGAAAGUUGCAAGUGGAAAACAGGAAAUCUUAUUUAGGCUGUUGCUGGGGAACGAGCAGACUGAGCUUCUGUGUCAGAACAUAUACUGGACCCAUGGCACACAUGCUUGGCAUAUUCAACCCCCACUUUUAGGCGUGUUUGAAGUAUAAAUAA